AUGGAACACAUCUUAGUGGACCCAGCACUGGAAGCGCAGCCCAAUUUCGAGUCAGCAGCAUAUGUGGGAUGGCUCAAUGCCCUUGUGGCAGGGGGCAUAGCCAGAGAAGAUGCACUCGAGCAAAUGGCUGAGGGCUGGAGACUCGAGCGCCAGGAGCACAUCCUCCUUUGGCAGCAACAGAAUGAGGAAGACACCUGCACCUUACAAGAACAGCUAGAGCGCGAGAGAGCCGAAAAAGAGGUUGAGGAACAGCUAGAGAGGCGCAAAGCUGAGAAGAAAAAGCCCAAGAUCAAUGAUUUUGAUGAUGGGGCUGUUGUCGCAGACGUUAUCAUACCUCGCCCAUCCCAGUAUGCCAUCCAAAAGAUCAAGAACAUGGAGUAUGUAGAAUUAUGGUACUUUAGUCCUGACGGUUGCCAUGAGGCUUCCACCACCUCUAGGUCCACGUCAGACUCCAAUGAUGCUUUUGGCUUCACCAAAGUGGAUGGUAUAGUUGCCCUCAAGAUGAUAGUGUCUUUCAAAGCCUCUCAGAAGGCUCUACAGGAUCACGACCUAUCUUGGCAGCAGUUCAACCUUGCAAAGACCAGCUUUCUCGUUCACAUCAAAAAGAACAAUUGGCCGCAAAAGCAUCAGCAGGCUUUAGUGUUAUUUUUCAUGCUCAUUACCAACCAUGAGCAUCGCAUGCGUCUGCGAGGAGAAAAGGCUCUGCUUCACUAUGUAGGAUUUGUGUGCUGUGAAUGGCAUGAUCGCUUAGUGCAAGACCAAGGGUUCAACAUUGGUUUAUUCAAUAAUGCUCUGUACAACUCGAUAUCUGGGAGGCCAAAUGAGAUGAGGGUCUCAAAAUGGUGCGUAGUGCAUUACCCACCAACAUUUGAUCACUGA